UUCAGACUUUUCAUGUUCUGUAAAUUGUAUUUAAAACAAAACUGCUGCUGUUGAUCAUUCCAUUUUCAUAAGCAGCCCUCCCAAGGCCAGUACUCUAGGGAAACACUGGAAAGGUCUAAACAAAAGUUUAUGUUUUUGAUAAUAGAACUGACUGACAACCAUGUUCAUAUUUUUGUAGUAUAAAAUACAGUACAAGUAUUACUUAUACUUUAUUAAACUUUGAACAUUUUUGUUUCGGGCAGGUAACGUUUUAUGUCGGGCAGGUAACACUUUAUCACCUGUGUUGUAUGUAGGGUGUUAGUAACCCCUUUGCCAGUUCCUAACAAACAGCAUUCUUACUGGUUGUUGUUGGUAUAAAUACCGGAUGUAUAUUGUACUUCCUGUAUGACGCUUUUGAUUAUAGCUUUGCUACGUGGUCAGGCUAAUGAUAAAUGUCAAUCUACAGCAUCAGCAAUCUCCAACUUCUUUGAUUGCCUCCUCAUACAACAUGGGAAACAUUACAUGGUGUCAGGAGUGAAACCAUCUGAAAGAAGCGGAAAUAGACGUUGCAGGAGUACCUUCUCCAAUUAUGAACUGGGACGCCGGAAACUUGCCGGAGGCGUGGUGCAAGUUCAAACUACGUGUCAAAUUGAUGUUUCCUGGACCAUUCAAAAAGAAAGGAGAGGAUGAAAAAUGCAGUUACCUGCUUCUUUGGGUCGGUGAAAAAGGAAGAGACAUCUUCAAUACACUGGAAGAAGAAGAGUGAAAGGUAUGGAAAAACAGUGCAUAUUGGUGCAUGAUGAAGAAGACGCCAGCAACCCAGAAGGCUUGUUUAUCGACACUGUUUCACAUAAAGGUGUCAGGAAAGAGGUUGAACAAGCUUAAGCAAAUGUACUGGUGGGCCCAAACAUGGCCACGGUUUGCUUUAAGCUGGACACAGGAGCUUCAGCCAAUGUGAUUUCCAUGUGUGCUUGAGACAUUAAACCUUAAAUGUGUGUUACAGCCUUCAGAACACCCACUUUAUGGAUAUGGAGGACAACGUCUGGUGGUGAGAGGCAGAAGCAACAUGAAAUGCCAGUACAAAAACAUUCAACUAAGGCUGGAAAUGCAUAUUGUUGACACCAAUGCUCCACCAGUAUUAGGUUUAAAGGCCUGUCUUGACUUUGGAUUAAUAAAGGUGAUCUUGUCUGUGAAUGAUAACCCUGAGAGGCAAUUUAUGGAUGAGUUUGCAGAUGUUUUCACAGGAAUUGAAUUGUUUCCUGGUGAAUGCACAACCCACAUUGACCCUAAGGCUGUUCCUGUGGUGCAUCCUCCCAGACGAGUUCCCCUGGCCCUGAGGGAUCGCCUCAAGGAUGAGCUUCUGAAUAUGGAAAAACAGCAGUUCAUUGUCAAGGUAACAGAGCCGACAGACUGGGUCAGUUCAAUGGUUGCAGCAGAAAAACCACGUACUGGUAAGCUGAGAAUCUGCUUGGACCCUAAAGAUUUAAAUAAAGUAAUCAAACGUCCUUAUUAUCCAUUGCCUACUUUUGAUGACAUCACACUCAUGUUAUCAGGAGCCUGUUAUUUUAGUGUUCUGGAUGCUAGAUCUGGCUACUGGGCUGUCAAGCUAACUGAAGAGUCAUCCAAAUUGACCACCUUUAAUACUGUAUUUGGCCGAUACAGAUUCCUCCGCCUUCCCUUUGGGCUAAAAUCAGCCCAGGACGUGUUUAAGCAUAAAGUGGGUGAGACGUAUGAAGGUUUGCAAGGAGUUGUGGCAAUUGUUGAUGAUAUUCUUGUGUAUAGCAAGACCAAAGAGGAGCAUAAUCAAAAUCUGCGUGCUGUGUUGCAGCGGUCUAGAGAGCGUGGAGUUAAGCUUAACGCUGAAAAGAGCAUAAUCCGUGCCUCUGAAGUCAGUUACUUUGGUCAUCGCAUAACAAAGAAUGGAAUUAAGCCAGAUCCAGCAAACAUGGCUGCAGUUCGUGACAUGGAGCCUCCCAGAAACAAAACUGAGUUGGAAACUAUAUUGGGCAUGAUUAAAUAUCUAAGUUUGCUCCUAGGCUUUCAGAGUUCAACGCGCCUCUUCGACACCUGCUCAAGCAAUCAAGUGAGUUUCUGUGGGAUGUGCAGCCUGAUGAAGGAUUCAGAAGCAUCAAACAGCUGAUAACACAGGAGCCAGGACCUGUGUUGGCUUACAUGGACAGCAGUAAGAAGCUCACACUUCAAGCUGAUGCAUCGAAAUACGGGCUUGGGGCAGCCUUACUUCAAGAAGGGGAACCGAUUGGGUAUGCAUCAAAGUCCUUGACUGACUGUGAGGUAAAUUAUGCUCAGAUUGAAAAAGAACUGUAUGCUGUGUUGUUUGGAUGUAAGCGCUUCCAUCAUUAUAUUUAUGGACGUCACAUUACUGUGGACAGCGGUCAUAAGCCACUUGAGUCCAUCAUGCAGAAACCACUUGCAGCAGCACCCAGGCUUCAAAGGAUGAUCUUACAACUCUAAAGGUAUGAAUUCACCAUCAGACACAAGGAAGGUAAAGACAUCCCUUUUGCAGACACACUGUCUAGAAAACCUUUACCUGACUGUGAUAACUCUCUCAGUGAAGGAAUUGAUGUGCAUGUACAUCCAGUCUUCAGCAGUUUGCCCGUUAGUGUCAGGAAACUGCAGGAAAUUAAGAUGGAGACUGAAAAGGAUCCAAAGACUCAAAGAGGGUUGGCAAGAGGAGAAGAGGAGAUGUCCUUCAGACAUCAUGGACUACUGGAAUUAUUGUGAUGAACUGACAGUGAUGCAUGAUAUCAUCUUCAAAGGUGAGAAAAUAAUCAUUCCACUCUCACUGCAUCCUGAAAUGUUGUCUCACAUUCACUCUGCACAUAUGGACAUUGAAAAAUGCAAACUAAAAGCUUGUGACAUACUGUUUUGGCCUGGCAUGAAUAAACAGAUAGAGGAGCUGAUUAGGAAACAUUCCAUUUGCCUUGAACAUAGACCCUCUCAAACCAAAGAACUGAUGAUCAGCCAUCAGAUCCCAGAUAGACCUUGGCAGAUCAUUGCUACUGAUCUGUUUGUCUGGAACAAUGAUAACUAUCUUAUCAUUGUGGACUAUUACAGCAGGUAUUUUGAGCUUGAGAAGUUAAACAGCACCACAUCUGCUACAGUGAUUGAUGUUAAAGGUUGCUUUUGCUAGACAUUGCAUACCAGCUACUCUGAUAUCUGACAAUGGACCACAAUACAGGUGUAAGGAAUUUGAAGUUUUUUCUAACACUUGGGACUUUAACCACAUCACUACAAGCCCUUACCAUCCUCAAAGUAAUGGACUUGCUGAAAAAAUGGUGCAGAUUGCCAAGUCAUUAUUGGAAAAGGCCAAAGCUAAUAGUAACGAUGUGUAUCUGAGUCUUUCAGAGUACCGGAAUACAACUGUCGACAACUUCAGGUCUCCAGCGCAGCUACUGAUGAGUCGCAGUCUGCAAUCCAUCUUGCCAAAUACUCAGCAGCAGCUCCAGCCAAAAGUCAUUUAUCCAGAGGAUGUAAAAGGAAAGAGGAUUUGCCAACAGCAGUAGCAGAAAAGGUACUAUGACAUGGCAGUCAAACCAAUGAUGCAGGUACAGGAAGGACAGCUUCAGGAGCAGGGACACUGGAAACCUGCCGUUGUGAUCCAGCCAGCAGACACCGCCAGAUCUUAUCACAUUCGCGCUCCUGAUGGACAGGACUACAGGAGAAAAAGGCACCAUUUGUUGGAUACAAAGGAGAACCACCAGUUUUCUGCUGCUCUGUCGCCAUCAGAAGUUGAUGAGCAGCAUACUCCAGGCAGCGAAGUACCUCAGAUCACACAGGAGCUCAGUAAACCUGUUCCAGCCAUUGUUCCUUAUCAGACACAUUCUUGACGAGAGGUUAAACCUAGAAAAGUUCUGGACUUGUAAAGUGUGUAGGCAGAGGGCUGCCAGAAGAAAGGAGAGAAAAAAAGAAUAUAUUUUAUAUUGUACUGCCAUUAUUUUGUAUGGUUUGUUUUGAAGAUGUACUUUUGUAUCUGUUAAGAAUAUUAAAGCUUUGUUAUUAAUUGUAAUUUUAAAAGGAGGGGGAUGUUCUAUGUAGGGUGUUUCUUAGUAACGCCUUUGCCACAUCCUAACAAACAGCAUUCCUAUUGGCUGUUGUUGGUAUAAAUACCAGAUAUAUAUUGUACUUCCUGUAUGACGCUUUUGAUUAUAGCUUUGCUAUGUGGUCAGGCUAAUGAUAAAAUAAAUGUCAAUCUACUGCA